AUGCUUACCGCCCGCGCAGGACCAAUGCAUGGAACGUUCACGAAUACGCUUUGUAGUAAGCAAUCCGACGGUUUUACCCUUCAGCGCGCCUCUGUCUGUGGGGCAUUGCCUGGAGCCUUGCCCUCUGCCUCUCCCCCUUCCGAUUCUCAUACCACACUGACCUCGACCACUAUGGGUACCAGGAGGCCAAUAUCAGUACCGGGCAUGGUUCCAGUGAUUGGGUUCUUGUUGCUUUGCAGCUCUGCAGUCCGUGCCCAUCCGAACCACAAAGACCCAACUGAAGAAGCUGCCAGUGCACCCAUCGACGCGGUUCUAUGGAUCCAUAUGGCUUUGCAGGCGGCUGUGUGGGGGGUUCUGUUUCCCAUCGGAAUGGUGUUGGGCAUCACCAGGAGUAGAUGGCACGUUCCCCUUCAAAGUGCGGGAUACCUAUUAACAUUGGGUGGCUACAUUCUGGGUCACUCGCAUGGAGGAAGACAGUUCCCCGCCGGAGCACACAGCGUCUUUGCCACCCUUCUCAUGGGCCCGAUCCUCCUCCAGCUCGCCCUGGGGAUCUACCUCAAACUCCAUAUCCACGAAAAGUCCAUUCGUCCAUACGCGGUCGUUCUUCACGGGAUUGUAGGAAAGUCGUAUCCCAUCAUCGCAUGGGUCCAGAUGCUGUUCGGCGCGAUUACCCUGGGUGGAUAUUGUCGUGGCAGUCAUCUAGGCCAAUGCCUAGCACAUUACAUCAUGGGAAGCGGGUUUAUAGCCUACGCUGUCAUUAUCGCCAUCAUUUUCCUCGUCGGGGAGGCUUGGAUUCGAAGGACUGGGCGAAGUCCAGAGUUUUGGGAUUCCAGUGUCAUCACUGCAUGGGGUAUCGUGAAUACAUUCACCGAGCACCGAGGAGCAGUGUGGCAUGUCAAGGACAUGCAGCACACCAUGUUGGGUGUACUCUGGUGGGCCGGAGGCAUCCUGGGCAUCUUCCUUUCCAGGAAUAAUCAACGCUCUGUCGUUCCCUCAUUAAUACUGAUUGUGACGGGAUGGGCGAUGUCAGACCAUGCGCAGGAUUUGGAGAUAUCAACCAAGGUCCAUGGUAUGUUCGGGAGGACGCUUAUUCUAGCGGGCUUGGCUCGACUGGCGGAGGUUUGCUAUUUCUAUCCCCACUAUAAACCCCUGGUACCCUCUCCACCCCCCGAAGCAAUGGCAGCGGCGAUUAGCGAUGAUACCUCGAGCGAACAUACCCUUGCAGAAGGAGACUCUGCUCAUUUGCGAAAGGAUGACAAAAAUAGGGCCAAGCUGGCUGCUUCCAUCGCGUUUCGACAUCUACCGCCUUUCCUUCUUGUGGCUUCUGGAGUGAUUUUCAUGUCUGCUACAAACGAGGAAUUGGAGUACGUCCAUGAUCAAGGGAUGGACCACGUUACGUAUCUGUUGAUUAUGUUCAGCCUGGCCUUUUUGAUCUAUGCAUUCAUCGUCUUUUUGAUCCACCUAUACUCAACUAGUGGACGAAACGCUGCUGCGUCUAGCGCCGGCGCUUCUUCCGCUUCUCGAGGAAUGGAGUACGAGAUGGCUUCCACGUUGCCGGCGUCAGCGGGAGCUGGGACACCCAAGUGGUAUGCUCGAGUCCCGAAUGCUGAGAGGGGAGGAGGAGGUCAGGGGGCUGGGAACGGCGUAGCUACCCAUGUGGUGGGUGACGACGACGAUGAUGAAGACGAGGAGCCACGAGAGUCCACGAGGAGGCUCUCAAGGAGAGGUAACGUAACUGGUAACGUCGAGAAGGACUCCUCUCAAUUUGCAUUCAGAUGGGUGGGUAUCGUAAUUGAUCCGGUUGCGGUGUGGAGAGGUGAACGUCUCGCAGCGGUGAACAGGCGUGAUUGCGUAUGGAAGUUGGAUCCUCCACGUGCGGCGACACCGCACAAAUCCGUCCGCCAGGCCACCACCACCAGCGAGCAACCCAUGAACGUCGCCGCACUCCUGCAGGAAUCGCCUUCCGAUAACGCACCGCGACGACGAGCAGGCACAGGAGGUGGGCCACCACCAGCGCAAACCACCCCAGGCGGUGGCCCUCAUUCCAGUCCAGCAGCAAGCCAGGCACCACCUCCUGACCGAGAACGAGAAUGGCCAGCCAUGAAUACCAACACCCUUCCUCCCCGUUCAAUCGCGGCUUCGCCAGUCGAUACCCGUCGCCCGCCAUCGUCGUCCUCCAUGUAUCCUCCGGCGUCGAGUCCGAGUUCCAUAUACGGCCACUCAACCACAGCACAACCACCACCAGGCCCUGGAGGACCACCCACAGCAACACAAUCACCCUCCUCGUCCACAAUGUACAGUCAUCCUACCGGUUCGGGCAGUACCGCAUCGUCACCAUCCAUCCUUGCACAAAGACAGCAUCAGCAUCAGCAGCAACCACACCAGCAGCAACAGCAUCCGCAUAAUCAGCAUCGUUCCAGAAGGUCGUCGACUGCGAGCGAGAUGGGUGGAAUUGGGGGUGCGGGUGGGAUGCCCAAGGGCGUCCAUGGGACGCAUACGCAUCCUUCGCCUGCCAUGGGCUCACUACACCGUGGCUCGUCUUCGACUCAGGCGAGCAGCGGCGGGAGUAAUGCCCAUCAUCAUCAUGUCUUUGGUGGCGGGGAUGCUCCGGGUCCGGUGGGUUCGGCGGGGGGUGCGGGUGGGGGAUGGCGCGAGCCUGGUCCGGGUUUCGGCGGCAGCGGCGGCGCAGGCCCUCUUCCUCAUCAUCCGGCUUCGGCUUCGGCAUCGAUCCGCCCCCCUUCGGCCGGUGAUCGUGGUAGUUCUGCGGCGGCAGCAGCCAUUUUGCGUGACCACCAUCAACAAGCUCCUCCUCAUCAUCAACUGCAACAACUUCAAGGACCAGGCGUCGUCGCUGGUGGUUCGCUCGCUCCUUCUGGUGAACGACAGACUCAAGGACCGGGACAGCAAGGCCAGCAGCCAUCGGGGUAUUCCCAGCCAAGUCACCAUUCGCCGUAUCUAAGUCGCGAGCAACAGCAGGUUGAUAUUGUUGGGGGAGUGUUGGGUUCUUCAAAGCAUAGGACGAGUGCGAGUGGCGGGGCUUCUGUUGGAAGCGGACCAGAACUAUCUCCCCAGAUUCAAAAACAACUUGUUUCAGGAAGACGAAAAACUAUUUCAAGUGCCAUGGGGCCACCCCAAACACUUGCUGGACCGGGUACAGGGACUCCGCCUGAUGAACUGUUACCACCAUCAAACAAACCGACGAUUGCAUCACUCUCAAAUCCGUCGCCGCACCACCCAAUGUCAUUAAUGGAACGAGACCGACAUGAGCGCAAUGAGUACCAUCCACCUCCGACCCACCCGCGCGACAGGGAUCCUCUACGUGACCCAUCACAGCCACGCGACAGGGACCGGGAACGAGAGCUGGACAGGGAAAGAGACGCCCGAGAACAACAUCUGCGCCCGGCGCCUACCAGCACCACGUCAACACCCCGACAGCACCAUGCAUCCGUUCUCCCGCCUCCCCCGCCUCCUCCCCCGCUUUCUGGUGGCCCGAGAGGUGGUCCACUGGGUCCGCCGGGCAGUGGACGAGUGACACCGAUUGAUAUUGAACGAGAGCGUGAGCGCGAGAUGAGGGAACGAGAAAGGGAACGGGUCAUUUACGGGCCGCCUCCGCCGCCAACUCAUCCUUCUGCGGCGUCUGCACCCCCAAGUCCGCGCUAUGCUCCUCCCGCUGACUAUCAUGGUUAUGGAACUUUGCCUCCUCCCCAUGGCCCGACGCAUUCGCCGCAUAUGAACGUCCCACAUGGUCCACCACCUACAGGACCUGGUUCAGCCACUUCGACGCCCAGAGACAGGGAACGCGAAAUUAACCGGGAGCGCGAAAGGGAGUAUAGAGAGCGAGAGUAUAGGGAACGCGAGUAUGCGGCUCAGCGCGAGAGGGAGAUGCGUGACGACCGCGAUCGAGAACGCGAAAUGCAUCAUAUUCGACAGCAGCAGGAACGCGAGCGGGAGCGCGAGAGGAGCGGGUCUGGGUCUGGUGGGAUGCGUGAUAUGAGGGCGGAUCCUAGGGAUAUGAGGGAUCCGCGAGAUAUGAGGGGUGAUCCUAGGGAUCCAUAUGGUCAUGGACCGCCACCUCCAUCUCGAGACCGGGGGCGCGAACGUGACUAUCGAGUGGGAGGACUGCCUCAUCCGCAUGCUCCACCUCCCCCACCGCCUUCCCAUCCUCAGGCUGGGCCCCACCUUCAACACCCUUCUUCGUUGCCGCCUGCACCACCUGGACCAAAUGAUAUCAGAGAUAGAGAUAUCAUCAUGCGAGAGAGGGAUGCGAGAGAAAGGGAGAGAGAGUGGCAAGAGAUGCGGCGCGAGCGGGAGAGGAGGGAGACUAUGGAGCGCGAGCACGACCGUCAUCAACGCGAGCUGAGGGAGAGGGAAAUGCGGGAACGGGAGUAUCGCGAACGUGAAUAUCGGGAAAGAGAGUUGGAGCGCGAAAGAGAAAGGGAGAGAGAGAGAGAACGCGAGCGUGAGCGUGAAAGAGAGAGGGAGUAUUGGGAGAGGAAGGAGCGCGAACGGAAGAUGCGUGAACAAGAAGAGCGAGAGAGAAUACUGCGCGAACGCGAGCUUAGAGAGAGGGAGAUGCGCGAACGUGAGAUUAGGGAGAGGGAAAUGCGGGAGCGCGAGCGCAGGGAACGUGAGAUGCGUGAACGAGAGAGGGGUGGGGAUGUUGAGAUGCGUGAUCAGUCCCGAUCCCAACAUGGUGGCCCCCCCAUGGUUGGACCUGGGGUGCCUCCUGUGUCGCAGUCGUCAGCCCCUUCGCAGUCUUCGGCUACGAUGUCGACGAUACCGUCGGGACCUGCGAUGGCCGCGUCCAAUAUUGGUCCAGCUCCGCACCCUCCACAAUCACAUCAUCAGGGAAGGUUCAAUACCGCGUUCAUACAUACUACUUCAGUCGGUUCGUCGAGAGUCAAUUCCCCCAACCCGAACACUGGAGGAACGACUGGUGUUAUCUCGAUGACGACAACUACAGUUGGACCUGGUAUGCCUGGUGGUAUGAUUGUUGGUCCCGGAGUUUCAGGUCCCGUAAGCAGCGUUGGCGGAAUGGGUGUUAUCCCUGGUGGCAUGCUCGGAGGCGGUAUCUCUCAACAAGGAGGCAACUCUGCUCUCAAUAUUGCCGAUAAACGAGACUCGAAGCGUGACAUGGCCAUGAAGGACCCCUUACGAGAUGUCAAGAAGCCUUCGAAUGCGCCUACGCCCGCUCCCAAGGACCUUCGAGACAGAGACCAUCAGCGCGAGCGGGAAAGGGACAGGGAACGUGAGCGUGAACGCGAGAGGGAACGAGAACUAUACGCGGCUGCUAUUGCCGGUGGACCUAGUAUCGUUCCUUCUGCUUCCGGCAGCGCAGCUCCAAACUCUGCAGGACCGGGUAGCCAGUCCAAGAAAGCGGAAGCCGACCAGCACCGAGGUCAUUCACGACAAUCGUCCCUGUCUCAGCAACAACGACGACCUUAUCCUUACCCAGAAGAGCUCGGUGGACACGGCGGACAUCCUAGUCAGCAGCAACAUGGGAUCACCGUCAUCAGCAGCCAGCACCCUCCUCCGCCUCAGCCUCAAGACGUCGAGAUGGGCUAUGGUUAUGGUCCUUCGCAUGGAGGACCUGGUCCAGGUUGGCACGAGCAUCAACAGCGCGAGCAGCACCAACGCGAGCAGCAGAUGGCGAUGGAGAAUGGAUAUCACGGCCAUCCAUCGCAGUACGGCCAGCAUCCUCACUACGGCCCACCUCCACCAGGCUACGCGAUUGGCCCCGGCGGACCCCCUCAUCCUAUUCACGGACAUCCUCAGCAACACCCACACAUGCAGUCACAGCAAGGGCCAUAUCCCCACCCUCAACAAGGGGGUCCUCCUGGACCACCGCCUCACUGGGACGAACGAAACGGCGUUGGCGUUAUUGGCGCCGACAUUAACGGCCAUCAUGUUGUAUCCGUGAACGGAGCAGGCUAUGGCCAACCGCACCCAAUGACCCAACAAGCACAUCACCCCCACUCUCACCCUCUCGCGAUCCAACAGCAAGCGUCUUAUCAACGUCAAGCUGCCAGUGCUAGCGUGGGACCACUGGCGUUUGUCGGUGUUCGCGAGAACUACGACAAUUCGAACGAUUUGGUGAUGAGGCCUGUGGUCAAGAGCCGUUCGUGCGUCAAUCUGGGCACCUAUGUGUAUCCCGACCUGCCUUUCCCUUACAACUUUGAGCUUGGUGGUGGGUUGGGAGAGGUUGCUAAAUGGAGGGAGGCGAACGCAAAGGAGAAGGAACAGCGCGAGAAGGAGGAACAGGAGAGGGAGGAGAGGAGGAAGGAGUUGGAGAGGAAGGAGAAAGAGGAGAAAGAAAGGUUGGAGAAGGAGAGAGAGAAGGAGAAGGAGCAGCUGGAGAAGGAGCUAAAAGCUAGGGAGGCCAAGAGCAAACCAAAGUCUGAUGAGGAAGAAGGUGAAAUCCAGGAGGUGGUGGUCGAAAAGGUGAAGGAGACAGAAAAGGAGGAGAAAGCAAAGGUGGAAGAGGCAGCUAAAAAGCAGCUAGAGGCGAAGGAGGACGCAGUUGCCAAGCCAUCCCCCAAAGCCCUAGAAAAACAACCACAGGAUGCUCAAGAUGCCAACGAGAAGUUCCAUGGCUUGCUUAGGAAGGCCACUGCGAUGAUCGAGCCUGUCGUUGUGGACGUGGAAACUCGCGUGGUGAUCGUCAUUCCCAACGGUCACAUCCCUUCGGAAAGGCCCCUUCGUCCCAGGAUCUGGGGUGGUGGUGUUUUCCCAUCACACCCCGAUGACCCGUCAUGGCCUCAUCCCCCGGAAAAGCGAGGUUUCGCCGCUCCAGAGCUCUCCAAGAAGGCUCAAGAGGAACCCGACUCAGCAGAAGCCAAGGAGGAGAGGAAGAAGAUCGCCAAAGCCAAGUAUGAAUACGAGCUUGGAGUUAUGCAGAGAUACCGUGCGCGUCGUGUUUACACUGACGACUCUGAUCUUUUCCUCUGCUGUUUGCACUCGGGGUGGGUGACGUGGAAGGGAGCACGAAGGGCUAAGCGCAAGGGCCGUGAUCUCAGGGUCGAGGUGCGAAUUUUACGCGUGGCUGGAUCCCGAAGUGCUUCAGGGAAGGAGAACGACGUGCCGAUUGUUAUGGUCAAGACAGCCGCUGGUUCCAACGCCUCUGCGAGUGAGAGGAAGGAAGAAGUUGUUGUGCGGUUCCUUGGUGGACGUGGAGAGAGGUGUGGGAUUGAGAGGAAUGUCAAGGGUUUGACGGAAGCUGAGGAUCUGGCGUUGGCUGCAGCGGGCGAAGUCAAGUCCUCGAAAGCAAGUGGAAAACGUCCGAGAGAUAGUGAUGAUACGGAGGAUGAGGACGAAGACGAGUUCGAUGACAUGAACCCUGAUGACGACGAUGGACGUGGUUUGAUGAGCGCUAGCUGGGGAACGACUCACGAUGGUGCCGCCAUCGAGAUUUUGAACGCUCAGUUUGUCGAGCGGGGUGUUUCGUCCGGUCGACGGAGUCGGGCCCAAAGGCUCCGGGAGUAUGCCGAGCGCAGAGCAGCUGUCUUGGGUGGAGGCAGUCCCAACCCAUCCACCCAUGGCGCCAUCACUUUGACACCGUACAACUGCACGCCUUCUCUCAAUCCCAAUCGCCUAGCUGGUCGCAAGCGUCGACGACCCUUCUGCAAUGCACCUCCACCUGUCAAUUCCAAGAUGCCGAAUGCGACUGUCCUCGACAUCAUCCGCGAAGUUGAGGAAGAGGAAGAAAGGGAGGAAGAAAAUCGCCAGGCGAAGAGGAGAAAGCUCAUGGGCCCCUGUUUGGAGGAUAAAAAGGAGGAAGCCCUCAUGAACUUGCGGACAGUUGUUUUUGCGACCUCGACACUCGUGUCGGCGCCUGCCAUCGACGAUAUUCCUACCAGUCCGAUUGCUGUCAAUCCACCCGCGAGCGUAGAUGGCGGUUUGAAAGUUCGUGUUGGACACAAAUACGUUCCCUCUGUCCUCGAACAGCUUCUUUUCCCGGCAGACUCGUCCAGAUCACUUUUGAAUGGUGCCUCCAGUGCAGACGUGGAGAUGACAGACGUUUCGGCUCAUCCAAAAGCCCUCGAAGAGCCCAUCAAGCUCACUUCAUCGCCAUUUUCUCUCAACCCAACUUUCUUCGCCUCGCUACCAUCCCGCCCUGUCAUCCUCGAAACACCGAAGGAACGGUACUUGUUCUCUCCCAGCAUUCUUCCCGACCCUCCUGCUAGUCCAUCGAAGCGCAAGAUGUACGAUAUCUCCCUGAUCUUGGAGACAGAGGUCACUCUGGUCGAGGAAGAUCCUCCCAAGGACGACAACAUCUUGGGUAAUUUGGUAACAACUGCCCUUGAAGAACCCGCCAAAGACACUGUUCAGGACAAAGACACUGCUCAGGAGCCUCAAGAGCCCGCCAUUGUCGUCGACGCUCCCAAGGAAAAUGUGCCGGCGGCAGAAUUCCCUGUCGUUGACGAAAAAUCAUCCGACCCAGCGCCUUCCGAACCGACCGUGGUCAAGGACGAUGCAGAGGCCAAACCGGCGGAAAAGAAACCUGAAGAUGACAAGGAAGAAGGCGAGGUGUCUGAACAAGGGGACAAUGACGCGGCCCCUACUGUUGAGCCUCCGGCUCCACUCGAAGCCUCCAAGGACAAGGAUGGGGAUGUUGAGAUGACUGAGGCUCCCGUUGAACCCACACCACCGGACGUUCCCACCGCUUCAUCAGCUUCACCGAAGGAAACGGGGACAUCAUCCAAGCCCGAGCUUGCACUUACCAUUCCAACUACAACACCCUCUCAACCCACCUCUGCAGCAGCGUCAAUCGCUGUCGUUCCACCUUCAGCACCCGGUUCAACAUCUGUUUCUCGCUCAGAUUCCGGGCAGGCAAUCGUUGUUCAAGAGGCCGACCAGGAGGAGGAAGAUGAACUCGGGCCUGACGAUUCCUUCAUUACCCUCGCUCGAGGAGAAGAUGAAAACGGAAAUGAGAAGAGUCUACAUUAUCCCGUUCAAGUCCUGCAACGUGGGAUCACUCGCGACAUGCUGAGGUUCGAGUUGGAUGGCGUGUACGUGAAGGACGUCAUUGGAGGCGUUGUCGAGCCACUGCACACUGAAUGGAGGAUACAGGUCAUUAAUUGGAAGUGGGCUGGUGCACAAUAG